AGUAGGAAACAGUUCAGGGAGCAGCGAGGAGCUGCAGUAAAUCGAAACCUCGAACCUGCUUGCAUAUUUGCUGCAUAACCCAUGUGGAUGAAUUAUAUUUGAAAGAAAUUCUUAAUACUUGCACGAAUGUAACUUUUUUUUUGCAUGACUCAACAUUUGACAAAAUGAUGCGAAAUGAUAUUGAUAUUGACUCAAUUUAACAGUAACGGAUAAGUGUCUGUCUGGAAACUUUAACACCAUGAAAUCAAUAUUUUACAGCUACUUCUUCACCGUUCUGCCAUGGGUUUUGAUCGUUAUAAUCAUGAUUGACCUCGAAACCAGAAGAACCGUGCAGCGCAGGACGUGGCUAUACCGCGAUCACUACUACAAGGCUCAGAACACAGCCUUGCCGGUCAUUUACGCCAUCACCCCCACUUACACCAGAACGGUUCAGAAAGCGGAGCUCACACGACUGGCCAACACGUUCCGCCAGGUUCCCAACUUCCACUGGAUCGUGGUGGAGGAUUCUUACACUAUCACGGAUCUGGUGUCGAGCUUCUUAUCCACAUCUGGGGUGCAGCACACCCAUCUACACGUGUCCACGCUGCUCAGAUACAAGCGGCCGAGGCAACCCCGGGGUACCGAGCAGAGGAACGCGGCGCUGAGAUCGCUACGCUUGCUUCGCUCCCGCAACGACUCCGGGGUGGUCUUUUUCGCAGAUGAUGACAACACGUACAGCCUGGAGCUGUUCGAGGAGAUGCGAUCGACCCGGCGGGUGUCCGUGUGGCCGGUGGGACUGACUGGUGGCCGCCUAUAUGAGCGCCCCCUGGUGGAGAAGGGCAGAGUGGUCGGCUGGUACACGGGCUGGGAGGCGGGGCGGCUUUUCCCAAUCGACAUGGCGGGCUUCGCCAUCAAUCUGCAGGUGCUGCUGGAGAACCCCCAGGCGGUCUUCAAGCGGCAAGGCUCAAAGCCCGGCAUGCAGGAGACCGAUUUUCUCAAGCAGAUCACCAGGAUGGAAGACCUGGAACCAAAGGCCAGCAACUGCACCCGGAACAUGGAAGUAAAACUCCCAUAAGCGACAUAGAUGGGUGAUCUCCAUCAUUAUCACACAGGAGACAUCUAAGCAACAGGUGAUAACUGGGCAUAGUGUUUGGGAUCUUCUGCGUAUCGACAGUUUAUGGGAAAUAAGCAGGAGCUGAAUUUGCAUGCGGCCCCAUCGGGAAUGAAGAUAAGAAUUGUGGAACUGAUGAGUACUCGCUACCUAUUAUUUAAAGAAAAAUUAAAUGAUAAAAACUAAUUACAUAGCUGAUUGAGCAUUUUGGCCUCUGGAGAUUAUUCCUCCAGGGCCUUUUUUUUUUUGCACUCAUUAAAAAUGCAAAUAGAUUCUUCUUCCUGGAUUGUCUUUUUUCUGGCAUUGAAGUAGAGGGUAACAGAAGAUCAACACUGCGAAUGGAUCUUUAAAAGAUCACCUCCCCCCCUGUUUAUGCAAUCAUGUCACAGGCAGCCUGUCAAAUAGGAGCCACUCAGUUAAGAUAUUAAACGUAUUUAAAAGGAGACUUGAGCUCAUUACGAUUCCUGGGGGGCUUAGUAAGUAGAGACCCUCCGGCUGUGGGGUUUCUGUUUCUGUAUUUAUGUGCUGUAACCAGGGAAACUUCCGCUGGCCGUUCCUGGCUCCUUUGCGCCGUUGGCUGGGGGACGGUGCACAGAGACGGGCAGCUGCGCGGCGCCUCCUGCAGGCGUUCUACGGCCUCCGCUGGUCGCUGGUCGCGGGAGAUUCACAGCCCCGCCGGUCAAUGCCAUCCCCCUGGCACGCCGCCAUGUCCCUCUCAGGGUGAUAAAGGAGUGUUUGGGGGGCAAUUUGAAAUAGCACAAACUUUAGCACCCCCCAGUCUCUCCAAGGGAACUGGGAGUACUGGGGGCGGGGGAGGGCUUCGGCUGGAAAGACGACAGACAUUAAUAGCCUAAGUUAUGGAAUAAUUCUGCGUUAAACCACAGGGGGCAGCAGAGUUCCUGUUCUAUAGAGCACCAGCCCCCGCUCUAUAGAACCUUCCCUUAGGCCUGCCGGUGGUCCCGCGACUGCAACCUGCCACACUGCUCUGUCACACAGAGCUCCAUCUGACCUUCUGGCACUUUCCAUAUCCACUACGUGGGCAUCUUGAGAGCACUACAAAGGGUACGAGCCGAUGUGGAAGUCAGGUAAUCAGGACAGGGAGCUUGUGCGGACGGGGGGGGGGGGCACCCUUGGGAUCUCCCUGAGGACGUGAAAGUAACACAGUUACAAUAAAAAAGCAUUCUAGGCUAUAGGUAACAACAUUAUCCGGAUCCACAUACAGUGGGUCAUCUGCUCGCCGUGGCAACCAGCAAGACGCUUCCCUAAUGCUCGUUUUACAGUUUUUCGUUAUUCUGGCCUGUAGUUUGGGGUCAGAGAGUCAGGUCCAUUUAAGUGGCCGGCCACGGCACUCGGAUGGAAAUCGCUCGGCUGUGUCUGCCCUGGCCCCCCCCAUUACAAAUUCAGUCGUGCCUGGAUACGGUCCGGUCCCAGAAGCCAGCCACGCCGAGCCGACGGGCGGCCUCGGGAGUCUGACUGUAAAGUGCUGUUUCAAAUUAGACUGACACCCUGGGGAUGGGGGCCUAAGCCUCUCUAUAGGCGUCCAGCGGGGCCGCUUUGUGCCUGACUGAACGUGCGAAAUAGGAUUUUCUAGAAAGAUAUUAUGACAUGUUUUAAAAAAAAGUUUCAGCACUGAUUUGUUUUUUUUUUUGGAGUUUUUAAAGACCUCUGAAAGGACAGGAAAUACUAUAUCGCAGUCAGUGGCACUCUUGACCGGAACAUGCAAUAAUUUUAUUGAAAAGUGGACGAUGAAUCUUCUGAGGUUAAACGGAAGCCACGCAAGACCGGCAUUCAGUGAGGCCACGCAGGUUGUAGCCAACGGACCACCUCGUCGCCGUGUGAAAAUGUGUUGGAUACUGACCCCCGCCCUUUCCUCUG